AUCGGCGCCUAGUGAUGACGCAGGACUCGGCUCAGCUCCGAACCGGUCGCUAUAGUCACCUAGGAGAGGCGGGAUCUGGGGUCUUGGCAGGAGGUGUCGUCUGCGGUUCUGACUGACGCGGGUCCAAGUCUGUAGGGGGCGACCAGAGCGAAGAAACAAAAAAUACUUCUAUUCUGGUAUUCACAUCAGUAAAAAAGAACCGGGUAGCUGGAUGGAAAUGAUGAAAAUCCUGUGAGAAAGUGACCAGUUUGUGAUAGGAAAGAAGAAACUGGGAAUAGUUUGACAUGUAACAACAAUGGUUUGGAUAACAAUUUCAGGAUGCCAGAGAAUUCAGAUGAUUUUCCAUGGGUUUUCAUCAACAAUGUGGACAGUGCUCUUGGCUCCCUGAAAAACUGUGAAGCUUAUAUUGUUACAGGAAUGCAAAGUGUCACUAACACUGCCCUGGAUCUUGUGGUAACUCAGACUGAUACAGGUGAUAAUUACAAUAUGGAAAAUUUGAUGGUUGAAUAUAUUGAAAUGGAUCGAGAUAUGAACCAGUAUAUAAUGGCAGUUGAAGCUACAUUAAAUGAGGUAAAAGAUAAAAAUUACCAAAAUGUAACACCAAAUCUAAAAGCAUUAGCUGAAGAGAAAUUAGUGGCUUUGAAAAGUAACAACAAAGAAAGUGACUUGAAAAAAGACCACAGAUUUGUGCAGUUUCGCCAACAGCUGAGAGAUGUGAAAAAGCAAUGUGGACUCCUUGUAGACCCAACAGAUGAUGACUCAGAAGAACAAAUAGAUGAAGAUAUGAUUGUGACCCAAAGUCAGACCAACUUCAUUUGUCCCAUUACUCAGUUGGAAAUGAAGAAACCAGUGAAAAAUAAAGUAUGCGGACACACCUAUGAAGAGGAAGCCAUUAGAAGAAUCAUUGAGUCGAAACACAAAAGAAAGAAAAAGGCAUGCUGCCCCAAAGUUGGUUGUAGUCAUGCAGAUGUAAAGCUGACAGAUCUUGUGCAAGAUGUAGUACUCAGAAGAGCCAUCGAAAACCACAGAAGAAUGGCCGACAGUCAGAACAAAUAGAGACAAUGCAAAUGUCUACAGCUCAUGUGUUCUCAUUUAGGAAAGAAGGUCCAUCAGUGUCUAUUGAAAUCACUUACUUUUUGUAAGCUGAUUAGAACAGGUUGUUUAUUUCAUUUACAGAUAAAAUUAAAGAUUUCAAACAUAA